AUGCUUUUCAUCUGCUUGCCCGACACUCCGGAGACAGAGGGCCUCAUCGGUGAGCGGGAGAUCUCGCUGCUUCCUCCAGGUGCCGUCAUUGUCAACGUGGGUCGGGGACACGUGCUCAACGAGGAAGCCUUCUUCAAGGCCUUGCAAAACAAACACCUGCUUGGCGCUGGCGUUGACUGCUGGUACAAGUACCCGGCGGAUGUCAAAAGCCGGUACAACACCCCCGUGUCUGCAAAGUUUGACUUUGGAGGCUUGGACAACAUUGUGAUGUCACCACACCGAGCUGGCUCUGUUGGUUUACCCGCCACGGAGCGCUUCCGCAUGGCGGCUUUGGCAGAGCUGUUCAAUGCUGCUGCAGAGAAAGGGUUCGCGUCCAUGCCGAACA